AAUGGCGUCUACCCUCACGGAGUAUCUGAACUCGCAACAAGAGCUCGUUCGAGAGGCCGCCCUCGCGCUCCCGCACCAGUUCUCGCAGUGCACGUACUCGCUGGGCCCACUGCGACAAGCUGUAUAUCUCUGCCUCACCUGCCCAGAAGCUCGUGGUCUCUGUUCUGCCUGUUCGGUUGCUUGUCAUACAGAUCAUGAGCAAGUCGAGCGCUUUCCAAAGAGAAACUUCCGCUGCGAUUGUCCUACUGCUGCCAUCGCCCAUCAGUGCACGCUGCAUACCAAACUCGAAGAGGCCAAUACCCGAAACCAAUAUGGUCAGAAUUUCAACGCGCUCUUUUGCAGGUGUGGGAGGCCGUACGAUCCGAACGUGGAGACGGAAACUAUGAUCCAGUGUCUUGCAUGCGAGGAUUGGUUUCACGAAUCCUGCUGUAACCUCAGAGAGAGGCCGGACGAGAUCUUGGCCGAAGAAGUUGGAGGAGCAGAAGGCCGUCCUCCUCACACCGAAGAUGCCCCUUCAUCCAAACUUAAUCAACAACCAGCGAACGAACGCAGCCCUGAUGCUCCGGACGCCCUUCCGUCGGAGGAGCUAGGUCAUGCGGGUAGCGAUGAUGCUGAUGAUGCUGCCUCGGAAGCGUCCUCGUCUGGGCUGCCCCCACCGCUCAUCUCCGGUGACGAAUACGAAUCCCUCGUCUGUGGCUCCUGUGUCCUGCGCAACCCCACCUUGCGGCGCUGGGCAGGGUCCUCCGGUGCGAUAAUGGUCGUGCGCGACGCGCCGGGCGAACCUUGGCGACGUCUGGAUGGAGAAGCGCAAUAUACCACUACACACUCAAAGACAAAGGACCCGCACGCGGAGGCGGGAGAUGUAGAGAUCGAUUUUGUUGAAUCUAACUUGGAUCCUGCUGCAGAAGAGUCUGACGCGAAAUCCGGACUUAAACGACCGUCGUCGUCUUUGGGCGUCGAUGGAGAAGACCGGGACGCCAAACGGGCUAGGGGUGAGGGUUCCAAGUCUGACGCCAAUACAACCCCAACUUUGUCAGCAUCUUGCCUAGCCCCUCCUCAGCCACCUCUGGCGCGCAUAAUCCUUCAGAAUCUCCAGAACGCCGGGAGCGAGGAUUCUCAGUCGUUAGGCGCCGGUGACGUGUUCUUCACACUCAAUUUUCGUGAGCGCUGGUGUCGAUGUAGCUCGUGCCUGCCGCCUCUCCAAACCGAGCCAUGGCUCCUCGAGGACGAGGAAACCUACGAACCCCCGGAGGAUCCAGAUUCAGGACUUUCGCUGGAGGAGCUCGGAAUGCGGGCGCUGGAGCGCAUUCCGCGCGAUAGAGCGAUUGACGGUAUACAUGCGUUUAACGAGAUGAGGGAUGAUCUCGUCAAAUUCCUUCGCCCUUUCGCUCAGGACGGCAAAAUAGUGGGCGAGGCCGAUGUGAGGUCUUUUUUCGAGCAGCUAAGGGAGGCUGCUGCCGCCAAAACCACGAGAUA